AAAGGAAAUGAAUUUAAACAAAAAAAAAACUAUCGAUUUCGAAUCAAAAUUGAUCCUAUCCUUAUCCUAAAUCACCCAUUAAAGAGGAAUUAGGGUUUCAAAAUCACUAUAACCUGGGGAAUAUUAUAUAAGCUCAAAAUCACUUAUAACUAACCUCGCGUGUCUAACCGCCGGCGAACUUUCUCGCUCCCUCGCUUGUCCGACCGGUGACGGCGAAGUUCUCUCUCUAUCUCUCUUUCUUGCGUGAUCAAACCGAGCAACUCUCCUCUCCCUCUCAAAAACGCUACGGCCACCGUCGAAGCUGUCUCCCUCUCCGAAACGCGCUUGCGACCGACCUGAAAAGAUGGCUGAAGAGGAACUUAAGGCUCUUAACUAUAUUCCAGAGGUUAUAUUGAAGAAGAGGAAAAACAGUGAAGCAUGGGCGUUGAGGAAAAAGGAACAAUUGCAGAAAAAAGAUUUCCAUUUGAGGAAGUCCAAGGACUUUAUAAAAAAGCCAGAUGAUUUUAUUCUUGAAUAUCGCAAUAGGGAGGUGGAUCUCAUUAGAAUGAAAAGGAGGGUCAAGAGGAAACGAGGAGAAAAAUCUACCCUAUGCAACAAGCCCAUAAUAGUCAUUCGUAUACAGGGGAAACAAGACAUGCAUCCUACAACCAGAAAGCACUUAUUCAGUUUGGGAUUGAGAAGAAUAUUCAGUGCUGUCUUUGUGAAACCAACUGAUGGAGUGAUGGCCAAGCUGGCGAGAGUUGAACCAUAUGUUACCUACGGAUAUCCAAAUCUUAAAAGCAUAAAGGAGCUAAUUUACAAGAAGGGACAUGCAAAAAUAGAUAGGCGAAAAGUUCCUCUGACAGAUAAUAACCUUAUUGAGCAGGAAUUAGGAAAGUUUGGUAUAGUUUGCAUAGAAGACAUGGUGCAUCAAAUUGAAAAUGUCGGUCCACACAUUAAGGAAGUUGUCAGAUUUAUGUGGCCCUUUGAACUGAACAAGCCAGCUGAUGGAUUGAAAGGAUUGAAAAAUCGAUUCAAGGAUGGUGGAGAUUCAGGGGACCGUGAGGAUCUCAUCAACGAGCUCAUCAAUAAAAUGAAUUAGUUUAGGUCACAUGAACAAAAUACUAUCAAAGUUUUGAUGGUUUGUGUUAUCCCUCACAUGAAUUUUGAUGGUUUGUAAAAAACAUACUACCGUUUAUUGUUAUGUAGUAUCGUUGCGCCUUCAUUUAUUUCCUUUA